CGAAACAUCGGCGUCUCAGCGGGAGAGGGAUAGAAGAAACCCUAGCACACCUCCGUUGCCGCGAUGGGUAUUUCUCGUGAUUCGAUCCACAAGAGGCGUGCAACUGGUGGGAAGCAGAAGCAAUGGAGGAAGAAGCGAAAGUAUGAGUUGGGUAGAGUUGCUGCAAACACUAAGCUAUCCAGCAACAAGACUGUUAGGAGGGUUAGGGUUCGUGGAGGUAAUGUAAAGUGGCGUGCUUUGAGGCUUGACACUGGGAAUUACUCUUGGGGAAGCGAGGCUGUUACCCGCAAGACCAGGAUCCUUGAUGUCGUGUACAAUGCUUCGAACAAUGAGCUUGUCCGUACCAAGACCCUUGUCAAGAGCGCUAUAGUGCAGGUCGAUGUUGCGCCUUUCAAGCAAUGGUAUCUUCAGCAUUACGGUGUGGAGGUCGGUCGCAAGAAGAAAACUGCUGCUACUUCUGGCAAGAAAGAAGGAGAGGAAGGUGAAGAUGCUGCUCCUGAGGAGACAAAGAAGAGCAACCAUGUUCUGAGAAAGCUGGAGAAGCGUCAACAAAACCGGUCUCUUGACUCACACAUCGAGGACCAGUUUGCUAGCGGUCGAUUGCUCGCUUGCAUCUCAUCACGGCCCGGCCAAUGUGGUCGUGCUGAUGGCUACAUUCUGGAGGGUAAAGAGCUGGAAUUCUACAUGAAGAAGAUCCAGAAGAAGAAGGGCAAGGGUACCGCUUAGUAUCCUUGGAUUCUUUCUUCCGUUGCCAUAUCUUUAGUUUUUGUUUUCACCUGCUUUUUUUUAUUGGACUUAAAUUACAUUUGCUUAAACUCAAACAAUGUUUUUCUUUCUUGGUCUGUUUAAUUUGUAGUUUUUUUUUCCAUCUCAUUUAUGUUUUGAUUCUCUUCUGAUAUGGUUUACGAACUAGAUCGAAUAAUAUGCUGUUUUGAUUU